AUGAUUUCAUUCACGUCAUUCGCAAUCGAUUUUGUUUAUUAUCGAGGUGCUAAAGCGGUAUUGUAUGAAGCAAUUUUAAAGUGGCUUCUGGAACUGGCACCGGGCCUGAGCAACGUUGAAUCGAUUGUUUCUGAUUUUGAAAAGGCCGCGCUGAACGCUUUUGCUUUGGUUUUCCCUAGAGCAAGGGUGCAAAGUUGUUGGUUCCACUUUAUCAAGGCAAUGUCAGAGCAAUGGAAGAAAAAAGGUCUCCGAAAUGCUCCAUGCGAGCCGAAACAUCUCACACGUUCGCUGGCCUUAUUACCACCAAAUCUCGUACAGUUGGGCGUGGAACUCAACAACUGGUCUGAAUAUGUUCAGAAUGAAUGGGGUAAUAAGCCUGAGAUACUGUCAGUAGCUGGUUCCUGCAUCAGAACUAAUAAUGAUUCGGAAGCGUUUAAUCGCCACUUCACUUUUCGAGCGGGUGGUCGCCAACCUCGAGUUUUUCAAUUUAUUCGAAAUUUGCAAGACAUUAUUGAAAAUGAAGUGACCAACGUCAAACGGUCAAACGCCAACAUACCGAUGGUAAAAACCAAGAGGAUGGACCGAAUUUUCAAAAAAGAUAUGGGAAUUCAGACGGCACAUGAGGAACUGUUACUGAACAGAAUUACCAAAGAAACUAUUUAUCAAUUUAUGAAAGAUCAUUUACCUGAAAAAUUAUCGAAAGAAAUCGACGAUGAAAGGUUGAAAAUAUCCACAGGGAAUAUUACACGAACAACAUUCAUAAAGAAGAGGCAGAGUAUGAUCAUAUCCUCGUCUCAUAAUGACGAAGAAUAUGGAGUUAAACGGAAACGACUAUACAGAAGACGUCCCAAAGAAAUCGUCGGUGGUGAGAAGAGCAACUGGAAGCCAUCAAUCUCAAAGAGCGCAGAAUAAUAAUUCAUUGCAUUUCCAUUGUGGUAUAAUUUGACACUUUUUACAAUCGCCAACAGUCUCUCUAAUUUGUACACGUUGUGCGAGAAUAUAUAUGAUCUCUCUGUGAAGCCGAAUUUUAGGUCA